UCAGUAUAGUUUUCUUCAUCAUUAGUAGCGUAAGGAUGCACCAACGAAAAAUCUCAGUUAAUACUUACCAGAAACCUAAUAUAACAUAUGAUACAUUCAACAAUAGCAAGUAUCUUUAAUGACUACUUCAGAAGUUUGUGCUGCAAUUUGUGAACAUUGAAGAAAUAAUUAUUACUUUCAAUAGGCAUCAUGGUGAAGUAUUUUGAAAGCAGUACAAUUUUUUAUUUUUCUUGGGAACAAGUUGCUCAAGGGUUUUGGCGUAGAUAUCCAAAUCCUAACAGCUCACACGUUCUUAGCGAAGAUACAAUUUUAAGAGAAAUUAAGGAUGGCAAACUAUACUCAAAAAGAUUGUUGACUAAAACCAAUCGAGUCCCCAAGUGGGGUGAAAGAUUCAUUAACAAAAAUAACAAUGUAAAGAUUCUCGAAGAAAGUAUAGUUGACCCCAAAGAAAAAGUUCUCGUCACGUAUACUAGAAAUUUAGGUUUCACGAAAGUUAUGAACGUCGUUGAAAAAGUAGUCUACAAGGUCUCUCAUGACAAUCCACAGUGGACUGUGGCUAAAAGGUCAGCAUGGAUAGAAAGCUCAGUUUUUGGUUUCAGCCGAGCCAUUCAGGCUUUUGGUCUUGACAGGUUCAAAAAAAAUUGCAUGCAAAUGUCAAUGGGCUUCAAUCACGUACUGUCACUCAUGUUUCCUACCUCUCUGCACUUUGCAAACUCAGACUUUACACAAAUUGGCAUUCCUAAUAAGAUGGAUGAAAGCUCAAUGAUAAGGCUUACUCAUGCAGCUGAAGAUUUCCAACACUCUUUGCAAGACAAAGCCGAGAAAGUAAAAGAUGCUGCCAAGAAAGCAAGCGAUCUUGCGAAACAAAAAGCUGGUCCGAUUUAUGCAACUAACCAAUAAUUAUAAUUUUUUGACGCGUUUUAACAUCAUCUAAUUGGAAAAAUUGUUGUUGCAUUCCUUCAAACUGCCAAACGAAAUUUUUAAAAUUCUUUUUUCUCUCUAGAUCCUAGUACAGCAAGUUUGCCAACAUAUGUAUAUGCUGUAUUUCACGCGUGUAUCAAACAUUUUGAAUUCUCUAAUGUAUGUUAGAUUUUUCACAAUGAUUGUUCGUAAGAUAAUAACGUCAUGAAUAAAAAAACCAUUAAAUACAUGUAACAUCAAAUAAAGGAUAAAAAGAGGAUGAAGAGUCGAUUUAAAAACGAUUAUUUGUUAUAAAAUUAUUAAUGUAUAUAAGUGAUAAUUUACGAUCGACAUUAAAUUUAUCAAGAACAUAAUGUAUAGUUUGUUAGAAUAGUUUUAAUCACAAUAAAUCAACAUUUUAGUGUGGAA